CUUCAUUGAUUUUCCAUCUAUUUCUCUUACUUUCAAGCUAAAAAAUAAUCAAUAUGGUUGCCAUCACAUAUGAUAUCGAGAUUCCUUCGUCAGUGGCAGCUGCAAAGAUGUUCAAAGCCAUGGUGCUCGACGCCGACAUUCUCAUUCCAAAGAUCAUGCCUCAGGCCAUCAAGAACGUGGAGAUCGUGGAAGGAGAUGGUGGUGCUGGCACCGUGAAGAUCAUUCAUUUCGGUGAAGGGAGUCAGUUUAAGAGCGCUAAGCACCGCGUGGAGGCCAUUGACAAGGAGAACUUGACACACACCUACAGCAUCGUCGAUGGCGACGCUCUUGCAGGUGUCCUUGAAUCCAUCACUUAUCAUAUCUGUGAAGUAUAAUGGACUCUAAUUGUGAUUGGGCUUGAUUUAAUUCGGCUGGGCUGAUUUAAUUCAUAGGCCCAAGUGUUUAUUGGUGACCCAUAUUGGUUUUGGCCCGAUAACUUAAGAAGGAUACUCCGAUGGCUGCCAUGUGGCUAUCUCACAAGGAUCGUGAGUGCUGGCUGUUGGAUUUAGGUUGUGUUUGUUAUGAGUCUUGCGACUCAUCUCAUUCUGUCUCACUCGUUCCAGAUCUCUCUCUCUCUCUCUUGUAGACUGCUCCUGCUUCUCUCUUCUCUCUCUAGAUUUCGGCGCCGUUCGCCGGUUAUCUACUCCGAUCUUCUGUUUCCACCGUGGUUUCUCGGUUUUAGAGAGACUCCUCGGUUAGACUCUGUGUGAAGUGAGUGCUUAAGCGUUCCUUCUCAGAUCUAGGGUUUGUCCAACUUCUCUGUUGGAUUCGUGUGAGAUUGGAGGUUCUUUGAGAGUUCUUGUGGUGCGUAGCAGUGUGUGGAGGUUGCGGUGAGAUCCUUGCAACUGAGAUAGUCUCUGUGUUGUAGCAGUUGGAGUAUCCCUAGGGUUAGGGUUUGGUUACUUCGCGGUGUUCCCUUGAGACUUGUUGGUGAAGAUUAAGAAGGUCCUUGGACCUGUGAAGUCGUGUGUGCGACCUGAUCCAUAUCCUAAAUCUUCUGAACUUUUGUUGCUAUUUCAGUUUAGAUCCGCAAGGUUCACUUUCUUGUGUUGCUGACUUGUGUAUUUCAAGUGUGUAGGGUUCCCUAAUCAGUAAUAGCUUGGAUUCCAGAUCCGGUCAAGGAUCUGAUGUUAGCUAGGGUCUCUGAUUUGGGUUCUGACUUGUAAUAGCAACUUAGUCAGUCUCCUUGUAAUCUUGUAAUAGAUUGUCUUGUACUUGGCUUGUAACUUCUGAGAUUAGCCAUCUCAGAAUCCAAUCAAUAAAGAGAUCUGAUCCCUACAAUAUCAAGAUCGUCCCAACGGAAGACGGAGGAUGCAUCUGCAAGAACAGAAGCAUUUACAACACCAAAGGCGAGGUCGGGAUUAAUGAGGAGAAGAUAAAGGAAGGGUAAGAAAAAGCCAUGGCUAUGUUCAAGGCCAUUGAGGCAUAUGUUCAAGCCAAUCCUGACUACUAGAACCAUUCUCAAUAAUCAUCCAAUAACAAGUCUCAGUGCUGGUUUUCUGAGUGAAUGUAUUGAAUUUGAUUAAAAGUUUGCAUUUGAUGUAUUGUAAUGUUUUUUCUAUCGUCAUACUCUAUAUUCCAAAGUUGCAA